AUGGGGGGGGAGGAGUUCCCCUCCUCGGAAGAGAACCUCCACUCCUACCCCCCCAUCGAUGACGGGGAGGAGCCGCGCUCUCUGGAGUGGGAGGGCGACGGCUGGGAGGGGCGCGACCUGAAUAUACUGCUCAUACCACCGGAGCAGUAUACUCGGAUCGUUUUUGUGGAGGAGGAGCAGACCUCCCCCGAGCCGGACUCGGAUUUCCUCCGACUCCGGGGAGGCAAUAGUGGCGACGACACACCACCGCCGCCGCCGCCGCCGCCACCCCCUCCCCCCGAGGAUGCCGAUCAACCGGGCACCUCGGGGGAGGGCAACACAGGGACGCCCACCCGCAGGCCGCGGCCCGGUCCGGCCUCCAGCAGGCCCGGGUCACGGCGCGGCUCCAUCGCGUCUGGAGGUGGGGGAGUGCUGUCGAGGUCGUGCUCCACGGCCUCGAUGGCAUCGCUGGACGGAGAGGGCCGCAAACGUCCAUACGAAACGAUAGAGAUCCUCUCGGGGGAGGAGGACGAUAAGUCCAAACCGAAGAGGACGAGGGGUCGGCCCGCCUCACACCGAAAAGAUCAGGCCAAUGUGAGGACAGCGAGGCAGCUGGAGGAGGACCGCCGGGACAACAUCACUCCCGGCGAGUCCCCCAAAUCUAUCUCGGCGAAGAGGGCGUCUGAGAGGGCUGCGGAAUACGCCGAAGAACUGGAGCAGCAGCCCCUCGAGGCCAUUGCGGCGGUGGCCACGCGGGAGUUGUCCCUGCUGGCGAGGUCCGUGGAGCGGUCGCGAAACAUAAAGGGCGACAUCGUGAGGGAUCUGUGGGGAGUUUUUGCCAAGCUCUCCGCGGCCCUCAUGGUGACCGUUAACAGAGCUAGCGACAAUAACGCGGACGGAGGCUCCACGGACGACGUGGCCACCGGCCGCAAAAAGGAGAGAGCCCGGGCGGAGGAAGUGAAGUGGCUAAGAUCCGAGAACGACCUCCUCCGCCGGGAGCUGGAGGCGCGGAGGAUGGAGGGGCAGGAUAAGAGAUCCCCCCGCCACACCCCUCCCCCACCACGGGAUCCGGUGCCGGCUGGGGCCGGAAACCGCCGGAGGAGUCUUGCCCCGAAGGAGCCCCCAACACCUGGGGCUACCUCCGGGGAGGACGGGGCGAGGUCCACGGUCAGGAUCACGGAGGAGGACCUGAGGGCGCCGUACUUCAGGCCCCCUCUUCAGGGGGUUCGGAAGCAAUUGAACCCCCUGGCGUACGACAGCGACCGGGCCUCGCUCGCAGACCGCGCGGCAAUGGCCCCCCCCCAAAAGUAG